GGCUUGCACCCCCACCCCCACCCCCCAACACCCCGGAGAAGGCCACACGCCGGUUGUGGGGUGCAGAUGUGCUGAGAGUGAUUUCUAAGUAGUUGAGUUGUUGAGAUGGUGAUGGUUAAGGGCAGGUUUUGUUUUCAUUGGUGAAUCUGGUGUCAUCAUAUUCCGGUCAUAUGUUGAAAUAUUCUUUGUUUAGGUCUUGAAGUAGAGGAUCUUACUCUGCACGUUCACAUUGUGUGUGUGUGUGUGUGUGUGUGUGUGUGUGUGUUUUAAAGGAUGCCUCUGCAAGUAAUGGCUUUCUAGAAUUUCUAGCGUGAGUGAAGGUCCGGGGCGUGUGUGGGCCUCAGCACUGGCCUUGACAGUGAACUUUGAGGCUGUGUUUUUGGAUUUCAGAGAUUUGCCCCGGAGCCGGGGUGCGAGCUGUGCAUUUUUGAUAAGAGUAGGUGUCCGGAAUGUAGAUGCCUGAGCCUGUACAUUAGAGGGGGGAAAGAACAUUUACAUAUUAGUAAUUGAUAGCUGAAUAUUAGAAUCAGAUUAAUUUAGGCUGAUGAAAGUUUGUGUGUGUGUGAGUGUGUGUGUUUUAAGCUGUUGUGCACUCUAGGAAGAAAGCCUUUCAAAGACACACUAUUGGGAUUUUUCAGGGUGGGGAGCUGGUUGAUCUCCAUUUAGAAAGGGUACUCAUUGGUAUCUGUAGCUUCAUGGAGGAACUGCUAAGGGGACUGAAAUUGGGGCUAAGACAUCAAAUAGUGUACUUUUUAGUAUUUAUGUUAUUUAUUUACAUUUGAUAUUCUCUCACUUGGGAACAGCAGUGAAAUAAAUAGCUUUGAAGGGCCCAUCCUUUUCCUAUUCAAUCAUCUGGAAGGAGCUGCCUCAGAUACUCUUCUUCUGCUUACAUGAAGAGCUCUAAAUGCUAUCCAGCAGGAGGUGCUACAACAAGAUAAAGCAAAUCUGAAUUUUGAGGGUCUUGCUACUUCUUACAUCUCUACUUAGCUUCAGCUAAGCAACAGGAUUAACACCCUAAAGUUGGAGAAAGAGUUUGAGGAGCAGUAGAGCUAAAGGAGGGCCAGUUUCCCCAAAAUUGGACUGCUCAGAACCUUUAAUAUGCUAAUGCGCAUUGUGAAUCUCCAAGAGGGGGAUAUGGAAUGCAGCAUUCUUGAAUACUUCUAAUGACAGGGAGCCCACUACCUCAUAAGCUGCAGUGAGAAGAGGAGUUUCUUAUUUUAAACAGAGGCUGAAGAAACUGUAGAAUUAGCAAAGAAAGUGGAGAAAGUAGAGGAUGGAGUUGCAGACUCUACAGGAGGCUCUUAAAGUGGAAAUUCAGGUUCACCAGAAACUGGUUGCUCAAAUGAAGCAGGAUCCACAGAAUGCUGAUUUAAAGAAACAGCUUCAUGAACUCCAAGCCAAAAUCACAGCUUUGAGUGAGAAACAGAAAAGAGUAGUUGAACAGCUACGGAAGAACCUGAUAGUAAAGCAAGAACAACCAGACAAGUUCCAAAUACAGCCAUUGCCACAAUCGGAAAACAAACUACAAACAGCACAGCAGCAACCACUACAGCAGCUACAGCAGCAACAGCAGUACCACCAUCACCACACGCCGUCAGCUGCACCCUCUCCCAACCUGACUGCUUCACAGAAGACUGUAACUACAGCUUCUAUGAUUACCACAAAGACACUACCUCUCGUCUUGAAAGCAGCAAGUGCGACCAUGCCUGCCUCUGUUGUGGGCCAGAGACCUACCAUUGCUAUGGUGACCGCCAUCAACAGUCAGAAGGCUGUGCUCAGCACUGACGUGCAGAACACACCAGUCAACCUGCAGACGUCUAGUAAGGUCACUGGGCCUGGGGCAGAGGCUGUCCAAAUUGUGGCAAAAAACACAGUCACUCUGCAGGUUCAGGCAACACCACCUCAACCCAUCAAAGUACCACAAUUUAUCCCCCCUCCCAGACUCACUCCACGUCCAAACUUCCUUCCACAGGUUCGACCCAAGCCUGUGGCCCAGAAUAACAUUCCUAUUGCCCCAGCACCUCCUCCCAUGCUUGCAGCUCCUCAACUUAUCCAGAGGCCCGUCAUGCUGACCAAGUUUACCCCCACGACCCUCCCUACCUCCCAGAAUUCCAUCCACCCCGUCCGUGUCGUCAAUGGGCAGACUGCAACCAUAGCCAAAACCUUCCCCAUGGCCCAGCUCACCAGCAUUGUGAUAGCUACUCCAGGGACCAGACUCGCUGGACCUCAGACUGUACAGCUUAGCAAGCCAAGCCUUGAAAAACAGACAAUUAAAUCCCACACAGAAACAGAUGAGAAGCAAACAGAGAGCCGCACCAUCACUCCGCCUGCUGCACCCAAACCAAAACGGGAGGAGAACCCUCAGAAACUUGCCUUCAUGGUGUCUCUAGGGUUGGUAACACAUGACCAUCUGGAAGAAAUCCAAAGCAAGAGGCAAGAGCGAAAAAGAAGAACAACAGCAAAUCCUGUAUACAGUGGAGCAGUCUUUGAGCCAGAGCGCAAGAAGAGUGCAGUCACAUACCUAAACAGCACCAUGCACCCCGGGACCCGGAAGAGAGGUCGUCCUCCAAAAUACAAUGCGGUGCUGGGGUUUGGAGCCCUUACCCCAACAUCCCCCCCAUCCAGUCAUCCUGACUCCCCUGAAAAUGAAAAGACAGAGACCACAUUCACUUUCCCUGCACCUGUUCAGCCUGUGUCCCUGCCCAGCCCCACCUCCACAGACGGUGAUAUCCAUGAGGAUUUUUGCAGUGUUUGCAGAAAAAGUGGCCAGUUGCUCAUGUGUGACACGUGCUCCCGUGUGUAUCACCUGGACUGCUUAGACCCGCCUCUGAAAACAAUUCCCAAGGGCAUGUGGAUAUGUCCUAGAUGUCAGGACCAGAUGCUGAAGAAGGAAGAAGCAAUCCCCUGGCCUGGAACUUUAGCAAUCGUUCAUUCCUAUAUCGCCUACAAAGCAGCAAAAGAAGAAGAGAAGCAGAAGUUACUUAAAUGGAGUUCAGAUUUAAAACAAGAACGAGAACAACUAGAGCAGAAGGUGAAACAGCUCAGCAAUUCUAUAAGUAAAUGCAUGGAGAUGAAGAGCACCAUCCUGGCCCGGCAGAAGGAGAUGCACAGCUCGUUGGAAAAGGUCAAACAGCUGAUCCGCCUCAUCCACGGCAUCGACCUCUCCAAACCCGUAGACUCUGAGGCCACUGUGGGGGCCAUGUCCAAUGGCCCGGACUGCACCCCCCCUGCCAAUGCCGCCACCUCCACGCCGGCCCCCUCCCCCUCCUCCCAGAGCCGCACAGCGAACUGUACCCAGGGGGAGGAGACGAAAUAACAGCGCGGCGCCGGAUGCCUCGGGGUCCCGGCGGCCGGGAGAGCGGAACACUGAAGACUCUAGGAAAGCAAAGCCGGAUUUCUUCUGGAAAGUACAGAAUUCUUUUGGUUCUUUGGUUCCAGAGAGAGAGAAGAUGCUUGUGCCAGGUGGCACCAGAGUUUGCCAAUUGAUCCUUCUUAUUCUGUGUGUACAUGCAAAGAUUGGACCAUGUUACAUGAAAUAGUGCCAGCUGGAGGUUCUUUGCCAGCACCAUGCCAAGUGAAAUAAUAUAUUUACUCUCUCUAUUAUACACCAGUGUGUGCCUGCAGCAGCCGCCACAGCCGCCAUGGGCUUGUUUUUGUUUCGUUGGGGGGAGCAGGGACGGGCGGAGGGAGGAGAGCAGGUUUCAGAUCCUUAUUUGCCGAGCCGUUUGUCUAGGUAGAGAAGACAAGUCCAAAGAGUGUGUGGGCUUUCCUGUUUCUAAACUUUCACUACUAUAAAACCAAAAAAAGAAAAAAAAAAAAAAGGAAAUUGAGAUUUCACCAACCCCAGUGCCCAGAGGAGGGGUGGGGAGGGGCCGGGAGGGAACCGGGGUGGGAAAGUCUUAUCAGAUAAGCAGUAUUUCAUACCGUCCGGGGUGGGGUACAGUGCGGAGAGGGACCCCAAGAUCAAACACCCGGUUCUUCUCUGGAGCACUCAGCUCCCCCACCACGAGUGCCCCUGCCGCGCGCCCCACCCCACUUCCCAAACCCUCCACACCCCCACCCCCCAUCCCGGUUCCGGCCCUGCUUUGGCAAAUCGGCACAUGCCCGCCGAUGAUCCGGUUCCCUUCCCUGCCCCGAAACAAGGGCCCUCGGCGCAGGGGUGUAUGUGUCAGGAAGGAAGACGGUGGAUCAGUGACUUGACUUGAACACAAGCUCCAUCCCUUUUCUAUAUUUAUAAGGAGAGAAGAUCCUGGGAGAAGCAGCACGCGACCCGCGUGGGGGAGUCGAAUGGAGACGUUUCUUUUCUUUUUUUUUUUUCAUUUUAAAAAAUUUUUUAUUUUUGUUUUUUUUUGUUCUUUUAAGAAGUAUUUUUCUGUUGUUUAUUUUACUUUUUUUUUUUUUUGGUAACAAAACUAAAAUAAGGAAUAGAAAAGCUGUUUUUCAGGCUGACAGUCCACUUAAGGGUAGUCGAGACCUUGCAUGGUAGAAUAGGAAUCUAGUGUCAGUGAGGUCCAGUGAGUCUGUGUGAGUCCUUGUGUCAUCGUUUGGGCACUGUUUUUUUAUGCAAGGGCAAAAAUCUUUGUAUCUGGGGAAAAACAACAACAGCAACUUUUUUUUUUAAUUAAAAAAGGAAAAUAAAAGAUAUUGAGCUCUUCCUAGUGUUACUGAAAUUAAGAUCAAGGUAAGAAACAUUGUACAAAAAAAAUUACAAAAGUGCUAUUUGUUUCCUAAAAGCAGUGAUUUCUAUUAAAAAGGUGUCAGAACUGGAGAAAAUGCUGUGUAGUUAUAAUUUUUUAGCACAGAACCUGCUGCUUCUGAUGACAUUUUGCUGUGUUUGUGUCUCAAGCCUGGUGGGCCAAUCUCCAGGCUUCUUGGCCUCAGAGGGCGCCUGCGGCUGCCCCCCGGCCUCCCCUCUCAGAAGGGACGGGCCUGUCUUCUUGGCAGGGAUCCUGGCUCCUGUUUUCGAAGCCCAGAUGGAGUGUGGAUGCUCUCGAGGCCCUUCCUGAUGUCUCCUCGGAAAUUGCUAGAACAAAAAGGCUGAUGCCUAACUAAGACCCUUUCCUUUGGUGCUGCCCUCGGUCUUUCAUCCACCAGCAUUCGGAGUGCCUGGGGAACAACUGAGGGGUCAAUGGCAGUGCUGCUCCCUGGGCCCAUGCACCCCGUUCCAGUGGGAACAUGCAGGGCACAGGCCGGGCACGAGCGACCUGCUGAGAGCCAAGGAGAGAGAGGGCUGGUGGGACCUGGUGUCUCCCAGACACGGCAGCCCGGGGCGGCCUGGUAGCUAUCUGGCCUUUGAAGGGAGGUCUGAUCUCCAGCGGCUUGCUUUCUUGGCCCUCAGACUCUGGGCGCCAGCUAUGGAAUCCAUCAGCUCUUACACACACACACACACACACACACACA